UGAGAGCUUGAAGAAGAGAGAGAGAGAGAGACAGGAGAGGAGAGGAGAGGAGAGGAGAGGGACAAACAAAACCAGCACAGUUAUUAUUUUUUUUUUCCUUCCUUUAAAAACACUUAUUAUUUAAGAGUGGGAUUAUACAAGAGGAAAAAAAAAAUUUCAAAAGAAAAAAUUGGGAAUCCUCCUUAUGCCUCGCAAAACUGAGCUGGGUUCGUUGAAUUUCAAUCCCGUUUCAAGCAUGUAAAUCCAUUUCCGCAUCUGGGUUCGUCGCAAACAAAAGGAAAACAGGAAAGAAAAACCAGAGAGAGAAAAAGAUUUAUUCUUUUUCUUUGAUUAUUAUUGUUUCUUUUUUUUUUUUUUGUGUGUUUGAGUAACGGGAAGGGAUCGAUGGCGACUUCAACUUCGGGAGCAGCCUGGAAAUCAGGCGACGUCGUUUCCGACCAGUUUCCGGCCGGUCUCAGAGUUCUCGUCGUCGACGAUGAUCCCACUUGUCUCAUGAUCUUGGAGAAGAUGCUUCGAACUUGUCUUUACGAAGUUACAAAAUGCAACAGAGCAGAACACGCUUUGUCGUUGCUUAGAGAGAACAAAAAUGGAUUUGACAUAGUUAUAAGUGAUGUUCACAUGCCUGACAUGAACGGAUUCAAGCUUCUAGAGCACAUUGGCCUUGAAAUGGACCUUCCUGUUAUCAUGAUGUCUGCGGAUGAUGGGAAGGAUGUUGUGAUGAAGGGUGUCACUCAUGGGGCCUGCGACUACUUAAUCAAGCCGGUGCGCAUUGAGGCGCUGAAGAACAUAUGGCAGCAUGUGGUCAGGAAGAAGAAGAAUGAAUGGAGGGAGUUGGAGCAAUCUGGGAGCGUUGAGGAAGGAGAUCGCUCCGCUAAGCCCUCCGAGGACGCAGAUUACUCCUCCUCAGCGAACGAGGGCAAUUGGAAGUCCUCGAAGAAGAGGAGGGACGAGGAUGAGGAGGCUGAGGAGAGGGAUGACACCUCGACGCUCAAGAAGCCUCGUGUCGUCUGGUCUGUCGAGCUCCAUCAGCAGUUUGUGGCGGCUGUUAAUCAGCUCGGCAUUGAUAAGGCUGUUCCAAAGAAAAUCCUGGAGUUGAUGAAUGUUCCUGGCCUCACUAGAGAAAACGUCGCCAGCCAUCUUCAGAAAUAUCGGUUAUACCUUAGAAGGCUAAGUGGGCAGCACCAAACAAGUAUGAACAACUCCUUCAUCAAUCCCCAGGAGGCGUCUUUUGGGGCGAUGACCUCGCUAAAUGGCAUUGAUCUUCAAACUCUAGCUGUAGCGGGUCAAAUUCCUGCGCAAAGCCUUGCCACUCUUCAAGCAGCUGGACUUGGUAGGUCAACAGCGAAACCUGGCAUCCCUUUGCCCCUUGUUGAUCAGCGGAACCUAUUUAGCUUUGAAAAUCCGAAGUUGAGGUUCGGAGAGGGGCAACAACAACAACAACAGCAUUUGGGCACUAGUAAACCAGUGAACUUGCUCCACGGAAUCCCAACAAGUAUGGAGCCAAAACAACUCACCAGCUUGCACCAGUCCGCCCAAUCUCUCGGGAUGAAUAUGCAAGUCAACACCCAUGGGGCGCAGAACAGCUCUUUGCUUAUGCAGAUGAAUCAGCCACAGUCAAGAGGGCAAAUUCUGAACGACACUGCUAGUAGUCAUGUUCCCAGGCUUCCGACGACACAGACUAUUGUAUCAACUGGGCUUGCUAGUGGAGUUUUAGGUAGGAAUGGAAUCACCAAUAAUGGCAGGGGAGCAGGAUACAAUCCGGUUAUGCAAAACUCCUCCAUGUUGAAUUUUCCCAAUGGUUUCCCUCUUGGAAGUGCUUCGACCAUGUCCGGUCUCCCAUCCCAAGGGUCAUUUCAAGAAGAGGUUACCUCGGAAGUUAAGGGAUCAGUCUCUUUUGCGGCAAGUUAUGAUAUAUUCAAUGACUUGAACCAACAUAAAUCCAACGACUGGGACAUACAGAACGUGGGAUUGACAUUUGAUGCCUCGCAACAGUCGAACUCCAUACCAAGUGGUAGCUUGGACUUGGUUCAUCAAGGGUUUUCUGGUAGCCAGAGAAAUAUGCCGGUUAGGAAUCAAUCUAAUGUCGGCAAGCCAAUGUACUCAAUUGGGGACAUUGGUCAUGGGAAUGCACAGAACACUAGCCAGCACCUUAAUACUCUCCUCGGUGACAAUUCGAUAAGGAUUAAAACUGAAAGAAAUACUGAUGUGCUUGCCGAUAAUGGCUUCUUUCCCGAACAAUUUGGUCAAGAUGAUUUAAUGAGUGCGCUCCUCAAACAGCAGCAAGAAGGCAUUACACCAGCUGAGAAUCAGUUUGAUUUUGAUGGGUAUUCCAUGGAUAACAUUCCUGUGUAGAGGACGCCGUAGCUCGGGGUGUAUAUAGUUGCUGUAACAGAUUGAACUUAAUUCUUCGGCAACCAAAGUCUAUGUCUAAUUCAAGAAGGCAGAAACUCUUGAUUUCGCUUCAGCUUCAUCUUCCUAUGUGAAUAGCAUGCUGCAUGAUUGAUUAGUUCAUUGAAAGAUCAGGCUAAUGGUGUUUCGACGGAUCGAUCAUGUCAACGAUUAUGCCUGAAAGUGUCUCAAAUUACUAUUGCAUGAUACGCGAAGGCGUCGUUUUGAAAUUUUUGUCCGGCUUUGGUGGUAAAUUUCUAUCAAGUAGCUAGCUACUACAUAUAUCUGGAUUGCUAAGCUAUGUCCCUUGGUUUUUGGGAUCCAAUUGUGGGUAGUAGGUUUGAUACAUUUGCAGACUUUUUUAGGAGCUUUUCUAACUCUAAUAACACUUGAAGUUUGCCCCAUCUUUUCUUCUUUUCUUCUUUUCUUUUCUUUUUUUUUAUGUUCACUUUCCAUUUUUCUCUCCCUUUCUAAAGGAAUUGACAUUGAUGUACAUAUUGUAUUGGAUUGCUCAAGACACAAGUCUGAGUAUUCUUUUCCUGUCUUUGUUUUCUUGUACUUAAGUUUCUUAAGUAGUUUCCCAUUUAUGCUA